UAACAUGAUGCAGGAAUAGUGUCAGUAAGGAAACAUAGAACGCAAAUUUCCAAUUAUGCUGAUUUCAAUAUUUGGUCAUAUUUCGAAAUAUUUAUUUUUUCCACACAACACAUUGUAGUCAUCUAAUGGUUUUUCAGUCGAACAUCUAUUUUUAAAAAUGACAACGCCUAGACCUGACGUAGGGAAGGCAGGAGUUACUUGUGUAAGUUUCGUCUGUCAGAAAUGUCGUCAACCACUGAAGUUGGAUUCUUCCUUCAACGCGCUGGAUCAACCCCUUGUAACGGAAUUGACAGCACCACUUACGACCAUCCAGACCACAGAUGUUGAAGAACUGUUUCAGGGUAAUCUGAAGGCAGCGAAACUUGAAGAGGAUGAAAACAUUGUUCGGAAUGAGAUUCCAGAUUCAAAAGACCUUCACACGAGUCAGGACUUUACUCUGCUUGGUGAGACGGGACCAGGAAGUAUGGAAAAUCUCAGUCACAGACUCAUAGAUGAUGACAACAAAAAAAAGCAGGUGACGGCAUAUCUGUUUGAUAUAAUGUCUGGCCAGUCAGAAGUGGAUCAUCCUUUGUGUGAGGAGUGUACAGAUGCAUUGUUGGACCAGCUAGACCACCAGCUCAAAACCACGGAGGAUGAGUGCAAGGACUACAGAGACUUUCUCGAGAAGCUGGGAACGAAAGAGGAGGUGGUGGAUGAAUCGGUUCUUGAUACCGAACUGGAGCAGCUGAGAGCUGAAGAAUUAACUCUACAAGAACAGUUGGCGGAGGUGGAGAAGGAACGAGCGGAACUGGCAGAAAUGUUGGAACGGGAAAAGAAGAUAUCUCAGGAGCUUGAUCUUGAAGACGAAAGCUACAGAAAGGAGUACAAUGAGUAUAAGCGACAGGCUCUAGAACUCGAAGACGAACAGAGAAGUGUGGACAACCAGUUGAGAUACGCACAGUCACAGCUCGACAAACUGAAGAAAACAAACGUUUUUAAUGCAACAUUCCAUAUAUGGCACAGUGGUCAUUUCGGAACAAUCAACAAUUUCAGACUUGGCCGUCUUCCUAGUGUACCGGUGGAUUGGAAUGAAAUUAAUGCUGCCUGGGGCCAGACAGUUCUAUUGCUGCAUUCCUUGGCAAAGAAAAUGAACCUAACGUUUCAAAGAUACCGACUGGUGCCAUACGGAAAUCAUUCCUACCUGGAAUCUCUAACCGACAAGUCUAAAGAACUACCGCUCUAUGGAUCCGGAGGUUUCCGAUUCUUUUGGGACGCAAAAUUUGAUCAAGCAAUGGUGGCAUUCUUGGAUUGCUUACAACAGUUCAAGGAGGAGGUUGAAAAGGGUGAUACGGGUUUUUGUCUGCCGUACCGCAUGGAGAAAGGAAAGAUUGAAGACUCCAGUACCGGAAACUCGUACUCUAUCAAGAUUCAGUUUAAUUCUGAAGAACAGUGGACAAAAGCUUUGAAAUUUAUGCUCACAAAUUUAAAAUGGGGCCUUGCUUGGGUAUCUUCCCAAUUUGCCAACAAAUAGCAGUUUGUCAGGGAUUGUAGUUGUUGCUAGGCAAUUGGACACUUUUCAUGACAAAGACUCAGUUUCUUUCUCACUUUUUUUGGACAGAUCCUUGUGAUACAUUGUAUUCUUCAGUGGGUGGGAUAUUGAUUGAUAUGUUUCCACCCAUCCCUACCCACUAAAGUUCCAUCGCAUAAGUCUAUGAUGUUGCAUGGUAUUAGGUUUUUAGAAGCACUAGUAUAUCAUAGGUUUAUUGCACAUCACAUGAACUUCAACAGACGUGAGGUUAGCUGGAGUGUCUUCUAGCGUUAUUCUGUUAUGUGUGAGAAUAACCUACAGAUGUCUGUGUGUUGUAAUUCGGCAAUCGUCGAUGGCCAAAUGGUAGACAGCUACUGUGUCUGAAAUACUCAUUAUUUUCCUAAAUCUGAUGUCACAGAGCUUUAUUUUGAUUAUUCCCGAGUCAAGCAUGCAUGAUAUGACCUCUAAACAUUAGCGCCACAGUCGAGUCACAUCUCCACACACUUUGUCGUACGUCAGCACAACAAUAAUGGAGUUUCACAUAGGGGUGUCAGGUUUUUUCGUCUAGUGUUGAUACCGGUUACCAACAAAAUAAUCGAACUAAAGCUCUGUGGCAUCAGAUUUAGGGGGGAAAAUGUGUCUUUCUGACACAGUAGUUGGCUACCAUUUGGUAUUGCACAGUCAUCUCUAGCAAAAAAAAAAAAAAAAAAAACCCACUAGAGGACACUCGAUCUAACCUGAUGUCAACUAAUUAAUAAUUGUCCUCAUUACUAGUAGGCUAACGACUGUUCUAGAAAUGGUUAAGAAGCUGUAGGUUUUAUUUGAGAUAACAUCACUUUAUUUCAUUCUACAUGUAGUUGUCCUUAACUAUAUGUCUGACGCCAUAUAACUGUAAAUAAAAUCUGUCGAGUGCAUCGUUAAACAAAAAAAAUUCUUCCUUCUUCCUUGUACAUGCAAUUUGACAGGUGAAUAUUUAUACAGAGACAAGUAUUAACCACAACUUAUGGGAUCUUAUCUCAUUAUCAUGUUCCAUGUUUGUUUUUGUUUGGGCAAUGUAAAGUUUUGUUUUUCAAAAGUGCAAUAUGUACAAAUAUUGUUUUGAUUUGUAAUAAAUAUAUAUGUUCAGUU